AUGGAGAUACUUAAACGGAUUGUUCGCAGAUAUGAUGUAAUCCUUAUACAAGAGAUUCGAGAUUCUACAGAGACUGCUAUACUUGAUCUAUUAGCCAUGAUCAACGAAGGGGCAUCUACGUAUUACUCUAUGGUACAGAGCGAAAGACUAGGUCGGACGAGUAGCAAGGAGCAAUAUGCCUAUUUAUACAGGAAUGACCUAUAUGUGACCGAUGAGUUCGUCUUUAAUGACCUAUCAGAUAUUUUUGAAAGAGAGCCGUAUAUUGUACGAUUUGAAGCUCCCGGAAAGCAUGUAACUGAUUUUACACUGGUAGGACUUCACACUAAGCCUACAGACGCCGUAGCUGAGCUUGACGGCCUCGUUCCUGUCAUUGCUCAAAUAAAGGAUCGAUUUUCAGAAAAUCCUACUGAAAACAUCAUGAUCCUCGGAGAUCUAAACGCUGAUUGUAGCUAUGUGACCAACACUGAGAAAGCUGCUCUUGCUUUACGUAAAACUCCAGAAUAUCAUUGGUUGAUAAACGAUGACGAUGACACUACAAUAAGCUUAACAACAUCAUGCGCAUACGAUAGGUUCAUAUUAACCAGCCCUGGGCUUUUUGAUUAUGGGAGGUCGACUUCGAUAUUCCACUUUGACCAGGAAUACGGUCUGACCAAUGAAUUCGCCUUGGAAGUCAGUGAUCACUACCCUAUUGAGAUUGAGUUCACACAAAAUUUGACCCCAAAAUUGACCCCAACUUUGACUCAAACCAAAACUAAACCAGAAGGCUACAUGAUUGGCUCGUUCAAUAUUCAAAUAUUCGGCGAUACAAAGGCAUCUAAAGCAGAUGUUAUGGAGGUUUUAUCAAAGAUAAUCCAGAGGUACGAUAUCAUAUUCAUCCAGGAGAUACGAGAUGUAUCCGGUGAUGCCAUACAAAAGUUACUGCGUUUGACAAACGAAGAAGGGCCUAGACAAUAUGGCGUGGUCGUCAGUGAGCGACUUGGAAGAUCGAACAGCAAAGAGCAAUAUGCUUACAUGUAUAGGUUAUACACAACAUCGGUGACAUAUGCUUACGUGUUUGACGACACUGAAGAUGUAUUUGAGAGGGAGCCAUAUAUCGUGGAAUUCUCUUCUCAAUCAGCAGCUGUUCCUAAGUUUGUGCUAGCUGGUAUACACGUGAAACCAUCAGAUGCUCUUGCUGAACUAGACGCCUUGGCCCAGGUCCACACGGACAUUACAAACCGCCUCAACACAGAUGAGGUUGUCUUCAUGGGUGACUUUAACGCUGAUUGUUCUUACCUGAAUGCUGGUGAGAGAGAUGCGUUAGUUCUAAAGUCCAAUGACUACUACUGGCCGAUUGGGGCUGAUGUUGAUACAACUGUGUCCAACUCAAACUGUGCAUAUGACAGGUUUAUCUUCGUAAGCAGCAGUGAAAUGAGAAUUGAUUUAAAGACGUGCUCGGCUAAGCCCUUUCUCUUUGACAAAGAGUAUAGCCUUUCAAGCGAACUAGCCUUGAAGGUCAGUGAUCACUACCCGAUUGAGAUCGAGUUCAAACAAAACUUGACCCCAAAAUUGACCCCAACGUUGACUAAAACCGAGACGAAUCCAAAAGGCUACAUGAUUGGCUCGUUCAAUAUUCGAAUAUUCGGCGAUACAAAGGCAUCUAAAGCAGACGUUAUGGAGGUUUUAUCAAAGAUAAUCCAGAGAUAUGACAUCAUAUUCAUCCAGGAGAUACGAGAUGCAACCGGCGAUGCAAUCGAGAAGUUACUGAGUUUAACAAACUCAGAAGGGCCCGAACAGUAUGCUUUGGUCGUCAGUGAGCGUCUAGGGAGAUCAAACAGCAAAGAACAUUAUGCGUAUAUGUAUAGGUUAUCCACAACAAAGGUGACAUAUGCCUACGUGUUUGACGACACUGAAGAUAUAUUUGAGAGGGAGCCAUAUAUCGUGGAAUUCUCUGCCGAAAACGCAGCCGUUUCUAAGUUUGUGUUAGCUGGUAUACACGUAAAACCAUCAGAUGCUCUUGCUGAACUGAACGCCCUGGCUCAAGUCAAAGCAGACAUUACAAACCGCCUUAACACAGAUGAGGUUGUCUUCAUGGGCGACUUUAACGCUGAUUGUAGCUACUUGAACGCUGGUGAGAGAGAUGCGUUAGUUCUAAAGUCCAGUGAUUACUACUGGCCGAUUGGGGCUGAUGUUGAUACAACUGUGUCCAAAUCAAACUGUGCAUAUGACAGGUUUAUCUUCGUAAGCAGCAGUGAAAUGAGAAUUAAUUUAAAGCCUGGCUCAGCUAAGCCCUUUCUCUUUGACCAGGAGUAUAGCCUCUCAAGCGAACUGGCCUUGAAGGUCAGUGAUCACUACCCGAUUGAGAUCGAGUUCACACAAAACUUGGCCCCAAACUUGGCCCCAACUUUGACUCAAACCGAGACUAAACCAGAAGGCUACAUGAUUGGCUCGUUCAAUAUUCAAAUAUUCGGUGAUACAAAGGCAUCUAAAGCAGAUGUUAUGGAGGUUUUAUCAAAGAUAAUCCAGAGAUAUGAUAUCAUAUUCAUCCAGGAGAUACGAGAUGCAACCGGCGAUGCAAUCGAGAAGUUACUGAGUUUAACAAACUCAGAAGGGCCCGAACAAUAUGCUGUGGUCGUCAGUGAGCGUCUAGGGAGAUCAAACAGCAAAGAACAAUAUGCUUAUAUGUAUAGGUUAUCCACAACAAAGGUGACAUAUGCCUACGUGUUUGACGACACUGAAGAUAUAUUUGAGAGGGAGCCAUAUAUCGUGGAAUUCUCUGCCGAAAACGCAGCCGUUCCUCAGUUUGUGCUAGCUGGUAUACACGUGAAACCAUCAGAUGCUCUUGCUGAACUGAACGCCCUGGCUCAAGUCAAAACAGACAUUAUAAACCGCCUUAACACAGAUGAGGUUGUUUUCAUGGGUGACUUUAACGCUGAUUGUUCCUACUUGAACGCUGGUGAGAGGGAUGCGUUAGUUUUAAAGUCCAGUGACUACUACUGGCCGAUUGGGGCUGAUGUUGAUACAACUGUGUCCAACUCAAACUGCGCAUAUGAUAGGUUCAUCUUCGUAAACAGCAGUGAAAUGAGAACUUAUUUAAAGGCGGGCUCAGCUAAGCCCUUUCUCUUUGACAAAGAGUAUAGCCUUUCACGCGAACUGGCUUUAGCUAUCAGCGAUCACUAUCCAAUAGAGAUGGAAAUGUAUCGGGAAGGCCAGGUCGUUGACCCCGUGCGUAGGAACGAAAACUUUGAAGACAUGAUAAUUUCUAAACUUUUGAAAUUAUUGUUCUGAAAUAGUAUUGUUUCUGUAUCCUACAAAGUAACUGAAUAAAGCUGAAAUAAUAGAUGUUACCCUUGUCAAUCUUCAUUUUGCUUGGGCUAGACGGCCAUUCACUUCGAUGUUGAACGCUUGCAAUAGUCAGUUAAUUUCAUGAUUUAUCAAAAAGUUAUGGUUCAAUUUGUCUAAAACUCGAAUGCCAUACUUUGUGAUGACCC